CGGUUUGGGAGUCAGAUGCCUCAGAGAAGGUUAGUCCUCCAGGAUCCUAGCCAGCGCCAGAGAGAAGGUGGACGCUCUGUCCCUAUCACCGCUCGUCUCUAUGGUUCUGGUUUCCGCCGCGCUCCCAGAAGUCUUUGGGUGACUGGUCUAUUUUCCCCAGUCCACGGAGGAGGAGUCCUUGGAGCAGGAAGCCGUAUCCGGCAGCGCCAGCCACACUUUAAGUUCCUCUGCAGCCCGGGCCCCUCCGCCGCCGCCGCUCCCGCCUUUGCAGCCAUCACCAUGGCGCCCCCCACAGGAGAUGUCCUGGAUAACGUGUCUCCAUGUUCUGUAGCAAACCACUUAAGGUGGGACUUGACAGCAGGACAGAUUGAAAAUCUUACUAAUGAACUCAUUGAAAAAACCAAGCGUGUGUAUGAUCAAGUGGGAUCUCAGGAGUUUGAAGAAGUAUCCUAUGAGAGUACUCUCAAAGCAUUGGCUGAUGUGGAAGUGGAAUACACAGUUCAGAGAAACAUUCUGGAUUUUCCACAGCAUGUUUCCCCCUCCAAAGAUAUCCGAACAGCCAGUACUGAGGCUGACAAAAAGCUCUCGGAGUUUGAUGUUGAGAUGAGCAUGAGACAGGAUGUGUACCAGAGGAUUGUCUGGCUGCAGGAGAAAGUUUCGGCAGAUUCAUUGAGGCCAGAAGCCAAGAGAUACCUGGAUCGGCUAGUUAAACUGGGAAAACGGAAUGGACUACAUCUCCCAGAAGAAACUCAAGAAAAAAUCAAAAACAUUAAAAAGAAGCUAAGUCUCCUUUGUAUCGACUUCAACAAGAACCUGAAUGAGGACACUACCUUCUUGCCGUUCACCCGAGAGGAACUGGGAGGCCUUCCUGAGGACUUUCUGAACUCCUUGGAAAAGACCAAGGAUGAUAAGUUGAAAGUAACUCUCAAGUACCCGCAUUACUUUCCUCUUCUAAAGAAAUGUUAUGUUCCUGAGACCAGGAGGAAGGUUGAAGAGGCUUUCAACUGUAGAUGCAAGGAGGAGAACUGUGCAAUCCUCCAGGAACUAGUAGAUCUCCGGGCUCAGAAGUCCAGCCUGCUAGGAUUUAACACUCAUGCUGACUAUGUCUUAGAGAUGAAUAUGGCCAAAACAAGUCAAGAUGUUGCCACAUUCUUAGAUGAACUGGCUCAGAAGCUGAAGCCUCUUGGGGAAGAAGAACGAGCAGUCAUCUUGGAAUUGAAAAAAAAAGAAUGUGAGAAGCGGUCCUUGGACUUUGACAACCAGAUCAAUGCCUGGGACAUGCGCUACUACAUGAACCAAGUAGAGGAGACCCGCUAUAACGUGGACCAGAACCUGCUAAAGGAAUACUUUCCUAUGCAGGUGGUCACCAAGGGCCUUCUGGGCAUAUACCAAGAGCUCUUAGGACUAACCUUUGAAUUAGAAGAGAAUGCCAAGGUGUGGCAUGAGGAUGUGAAAUUAUAUUCAGUAAGGGAUGUGGACUCGGGCAAAGUGAUUGGGAAGUUCUACCUGGACUUGUAUCCCCGGGAAGGAAAAUAUGGUCAUGCAGCCUGCUUUGGCCUACAACCUGGCUGCCUUCUCAAGGAUGGCAGUCGGCAGAUCUCCAUUGCAGCCAUGGUGGCCAACUUCACCAAACCAACACCAGAUGCUCCCUCCCUGCUGCAACAUGAUGAGGUGGAGACAUACUUCCAUGAGUUUGGGCAUGUGAUGCACCAACUCUGUUCUCAGGCAGAGUUUGCCAUGUUCAGUGGGACCCACGUGGAGAGAGACUUUGUAGAAGCGCCAUCCCAGAUGCUGGAAAACUGGGUGUGGGAGAAGGAGCCUCUGAAGCGCAUGUCCCAGCACUACAAGACAGGAGAGCCCAUCCCUCAGGAGCUGCUGGAGAAGCUCAUCAAGUCCCGUCAGGCAAAUACAGGUCUCUUCAACCUGCGUCAGAUUGUCCUAGCCAAGGUGGACCAGGCACUGCAUACCCAGACGAAAGCCGAUCCAGCCCAGGAGUACUCUCGGCUGUGCCAGGAGAUCUUAGGAAUUCCAGCCACUCCAGGUACUAAUAUGCCAGCCACUUUUGGUCACCUGGCAGGAGGCUAUGAUGCCCAGUACUAUGGCUACCUCUGGAGUGAAGUAUACUCCAUGGACAUGUUCCAUACACGCUUCAAAAUGGAAGGGGUCCUCAACUGUAAGGUCGGCAUGGACUACAGGACCAACAUCCUGAAGCCCGGUGGCUCUAUUGAUGCUAUCUCCAUGUUGCAGCAGUUCCUAGGCCGGGAACCCAAGCAAGAUGCCUUCCUCCUGAGCAAAGGGCUGAAGGUGUUGGACAGCAGCUCACUGCCCUCUGCCUGCUGAUGGGCCGGCCCUGCCGAUGGUCACGGGAGCUCUUCUGUGCAUCCCCGUUCUUCAGGACUGAGCAAGUUUGGACAGAACCUUCCUCUGGCCUCCCUGUUGCCUUAAAUUCCCAACAGAGAGAGAGCAGAGGGACUCGGACAGAGCCACUACCCCGCCGCAGGGUGGGGAAUGAGGGGGUGCUUCCACCCCCUUCUGCAAACCCGCCUUGUUUUGCUUUCUACUUUUUAACUUUCCGGGCCCUUUUUGGGGUCUUUGCUCAGUCACAUUAAGAUGUUUGGAGAGUUCUUGUGUUGGCCAUAUGGCCUGAUAUUAUUUUUUCCCCCUUGUCCAUCCCACCCCAGAGUAACCAAGAUCAGGUUCUCUAUUGAAACUAAUCUUUUUUUUUUUAAGUGGAGUGAAAGAGGGAGCCUCCCAUAUUCCUCCCUUCUUCCCUCCCUCCCAACUCCUACCUUGAAAUAGCUUAGUUUAACAUUGUUGUUAAGGCAGAAAUCAUGGUUUAGUCUUUUUGGGAUGGUUUUUUCAGACGCUGUUUUGGUGAGAGAUGGAUUAGACCUCAGGGAAUUGACAGCUGGGAUGGGUGUGUUUUCUGUGCAUGUGUGCUGGAGCUGGUGAGUGAAAUGAAUGAGUUGUUCCCCCUUUUAAGGUGACUUAAGCCUGAGCACUCUGGCUCCGUCACAGAGCAAUGAUUUCCUAACUGGAACCAAGGGGCCUUAGAAAGUUCACCCUGAGAUUGGUACAGACUUUACUGCAGGAUUCUGAGGCCAGCGCCUCCAUGAGGGUUGAAUGCCUGGCUCACAUAAUAAAAAAUGAGGAAGUCUAUCGAUCAAUCUGUUGAUAAGUGAAAUUGGGUUGGUGCUCCCUAGGAAAAGGUAUUUGGAAAAAACUUGGCCCAUGUGACUUCUCCCUUUACUCCAGCAGACUUUAUUUAAAUCCGAUAGGAGAGAUUCUUCAGGUCUGCUCAACAGGGACCCCUCACACCCUUGACCAUUCUUCAUCCUUUCAGCCCAUAUGAAAAAAACAAGCACAGAGACUUGAGCACAGCCAUGUCCUUUUCUCUAUUUGGAAGCCCCAGGCAGCAAAGAGGAAGCUGUAAUGAGAUGGGGAGAGAGAGCUUCCCUCAUGGCCCUUCAGGGAAAACUGAGAUGAAGAUCUGUUAAAAGGGAGCAGGCAUUAACUGGUGUCCAGUAAAUCAAGGAGUGAGCUCUCUAGACCUGCCAUCCCUCCUGUUUCUGUGCCCUUGGUCAAUAGGCAUUUAUUAAGUGUUACAGUGUGCCAGGCUCUGUGCUAAGCACCAGGCACACAAAGGCAAAGGCAGCCCUUGCCCUGGAGGGCCCACCCUAAUGGGGAAGCCAGUGGCUACAUACAUCAAAAUAGAUAUGGAUAAACUGGAGACACAGCAGGGAGAAGCACUAGAAGUAAGAGGGAUCAGAAAAGGCUUGUGCUGAAGAUAAACCAGGAAGCAGAGAUGAGGAGGGAGUAUGUUCCAGGCAAGUUACACAACCAGAGAAAAUGCCUGAACCCAAGAAAUGCAUUGCUGCUCCCCUAAAACAGCAAAUCCCACACUCUUGUGAUCUUGGUAACUUUUGGCCAACAACAGUAGCUUUGGCCUUGUUUAAAAAACAAACAAACAUCUUUUUCCCAAUUUCUUUGUUCCCCUGCCCCUAAGGAGUAGCCAGAGAAAAGGGGGAUUUAAUCUAUGGCUUUAUUUAAUCUUUGACUUAAAUUAGAAACUUAUUAAUGCUUUAGCAGUAAGCCCCCAGUUCUUGACUCUGAAAGUGAAGUAUGGUGCCUUCCUUUCUUUAUUGUGGGUUUUUCAGUCAGGUGCUUGGAGUUCCCAUGACUCCUCUAGUCUUUGCUUAAGCAUCUUUCUUUCUUGGACUCAGCAGACCCCACGGUAGAAACAGCUGAUGGGGCAUGUUUCAGCCACAAAAAGAGCCACCUGUAAAAUCCUUGUGCUCUCUGGGCUGGCAAGGAAGGCAGAGAGAAAGGGAGCGGCAGUGUUUCUAGGGGUCUUGUUCCCCUCUUUCGUAUCUCCUUCCCUCUCCCUCCCUGUCACUCAUCCAGACCUAGGCUCCUAGGUUAAGGUAGAAUGAUUUAGAGGCUGUUUUGUGCCCAGGUUGUGAGGCUCUUGUACCUAAAUUACACUGCCCUUUCCUAAAGCUUUGGGCUGGAGAAAGACAGAGACCUGAUUUUUUCUUAGUCAGAGCUAAUGAGGGCAGGACUGAAGGGUCAGUGUCUGGUGUCCCUAGUGUUCUCACUAUCCCGGGAAAGUGGGGUGCUUCUAUUUAGACUCCAUGGUUACCCCCAUUAAAUAAUACCUAUGAUCGUCUGGUCUACAAUACCAAAUUCAUGGGACAUUUGCAUUGGUGUCAGGAGAUGAGAUUAUCCCUAUUGAUUCCUCUGUCCUUUUAUGCCAGCCAAACCCUACUGGACUCUGUAGCAAGGCCAGAUGUGUACUGGACAGAGCUGUAACUAGUGUAAGGGGAAGAUCACUGCGUUUGAAUCUAGGUUCUUUUAUCCAUAUGACCGUAGACAAGUCUCUUCCCCUCCUUGCGACAGUUUUCCCCAGUUGUAAAACAAUACAGUUACACUAUACCUCUAAAGGUGGGUCCUUCCACCUCUUAAUCCUUGAUCUAAUUAAGUGGGCAAAGAAAACAUUAUCUGUCUAAGUUAUGGCUUGGACAAACUUUACUACCCUGCUAGGAAUUCCUCGAGGGAGUAGUGUAGAAUGUUUUUUGGCGGUGUCCUUCCUGGUCACCUAACCCAUCUCCUGUGGCAUUGUAAGGAACAUGGAAAGGUCACAGGUCUGGAAUUCCUGCCUUCUUUGCCUGGCCAGCCCUGGGCCCCUGUUGCUCGUUCCUCAGGAGCUUGAGUCUUUGGAGCUGCAUGUGGCCCCAUCUUCCCCGAGCCCUCUCCCCAGCCCCGGGGACCUGGCCGUCUUCACGUAGGGUCUUCUGCCGCCUCUGUCUGACCUCAUUUCUCCUAGCCUUCUCUUCCAGCAUCUUAAAGCUUUUUCCAUGCCCUGCGUAUACUGCCUGCACUGAAAGCCCAGCUCAGGUACUCAGCAAAAUCCCAAAGGGGAAACGCAUACACAGUGGGGACGGCUUAAAAUACCUAAGGCAGGUGUGAGGCCGCUGAGUCAGCACUGGACAGCCUCGGCUCCCCAGAGGCUUCCUUCUCAUCAAGUGAGGCUUGUCUGCCAUCUUAUCUUCUCCCCUCCCCCCCCCCCCAGCCUCUAGAUGUGGCAAAGCUGGAGACUGCCAGGCUGUCUCUCCAGGCUGACUCCUGCCCUCCGUCAGCCAGAGAGCAUGGUUGCAGACUGUGCCCCUUGCCCCUCCCCACUGCUGCAGGUGCCGCAGCUGCCUGGUCAGGAAAAGGCUCGUGGUACAGUCAAGAAUGCCAGUCUGGGAAGGUGCCCAGCUCCUCUCCCUUGUCUCUGCCCCUUUUAUCCUUCCCAAAGAAAUCACCCAAGAGUGGAACCCGCUCCCCCCCCCCCCCAACUGCUUCCCCUCCCUAUCCCAUGUGAGCCUGUGCCAGGCUCAGCACUGAAGCCGAAUUGACUGUCCUUGUGGGGUGGGAAGAGCAAGCAGCCUUUUGUCUGGCCCUGAUCAGGAGCCACAAUCCUAGCUGCCCCGAUGCACCCUCUGAAGCCUCGUGACUGCACCAACUUUGUGGCGGUAGCUAAAAUCAACUUGCAGAGAGAAUGUGAUCUUGAAGCUGGUGAAACUUGCCACUCUGUAGGCUUCCGACCGCACCAGCAAGGUCCUCUUACUAAGGCGCCUCAGCAUCGAUUAAGCUUCUACUGUGCAAGGCAUGUUGCUAGGAAUCGAGACAAUUCUAGAACAGUCCCUGUUCCCAGGGAGCCUGCCUUCCACAGAAAGCACCGUGGCGCUCGAGGAUCCCUCUCCUUCGGGGUCGGAUGUCAGGCUGCCUCUUCCUCUCCCUUCCCCAAAGAAUGGUGCUUUUGAGAUUUUUGUAAUGGUUCAGGUCUAACUGGCUUGUUAAGCUGGUGUUUUGGUAAAGUGCUUAACACUAAUAAACAGUGGCUUCUAAAAGGC